AUGCAGAUAGGUCAAACAAUUUUGCAAGCGAGGGAAGUUAAAGAUAAGGCCAGCAAGAUAGAGAAACAAUUCGGAUAUGAUUUUUUCUUUGCAAAUGAGUCUGAUUCAGAGAGUAUGUUGGCUAUGGCCUUUAAGCAAGUUGUAAUUCAGCGGCUCUCAAACUUUCGUCUUGAGGUCUUCUCCCCAGGUUCAGUGAGACACUUCCAAGAUUUUGGCAAACCCCAAAAGGGGUCUUUGGAUUGUAGUAUCAGCUCAUCAAAUGGAAAGCUUCUGUCUUCUCUCGCUGAAGCCAUUUUCUACUGUGUCAUUGAGGAUGCCAGAAAAAAUCACCUUGGGGGCGUAGGCAGUUUGUUUCAGAAGCGACAGCUCGACUACUCAAUGGAUUCCUCGGUUUGUAUACACAGAAUUUCUGAGGCAGAAGUAGUGAAAAAUGCUAAGAGGUGUCUGGAGACCAUUAGUCUAAUUAAGUCUUCUCACAAAGUACACGAAACAAAGAAUGGAUGGUGGCCACCUCCACAUUAUGAAACUUUGGUGAAGAUUGGGGGUCCUGAGUUAGUGCUUUGGGCCAAUGAGUACAUUCCUACCUAUAAGCUGCAAAUUAAUGCCAACGCAUUGGAGAAUUCUAACCAUGAAGGUCUUUUCGAGUUAGAAAGUAAUAGGUGGGAAGUUCUCUUAUCCCACUCCCAACUGGUGGAACUAGGGAACAUUCUAGACAUGUACUUUGAAGAUCAAUUCACAUUACCAGGCAAAACAUUCCAUCCUCAUUGGAAUUCAGAUCCGUCAAAGAUUAAAAAGAACAAUGGCUAUUUGAACAAUCUUUUCACUUUCUUGGCUGGGAGCUGUAUUUUUCUUUUUGUCACUGGCUUUGCUCGGUUAUGCUGGCCUCGAUCUUUUAGAGACAAAAUGCUAUUCAAUGAAAUUUCAAAUGUCUCAUCAUCUCAGAACUAUUGUUCUGAUAUAAAGUCUCUUGAUAACAGUGAGAUACAAGCUUAUUGCACGUCUCUUGUUAAGAAAAUGAAAGACUCAUAUGGCUGCCCUGGUGAGGUAAUGGUUGAUGCACACAUUGGAGCUUGGGUUGGAGAACUGCCUAAUUGCUUCAAGGAAAUCAAUAGCGAGGAUACUGCUGCUUCUGGCUAUUUUCAGCAUCCUGACACUCUUAGCCAAGAAAAUCAAUCCCAGUCUGUGCCAAUUAAUAUUAAGAUGUCCAAUUUGGAUCAAAAUGAUAGAACCCAGGAAACUCUGCAGAAUAUUGCUAGUUUUCAUGUACCUCGUGUGGUCAUAUCGGUAGAAGGUAAAGUAGUGGGAUUUCAGCCAACUAACCGCCCAGCUGUGAACCAUUGGGCAACAAACCCACUAGCAACACUUCUGUAUCAGGGGCGGUCACUUUCUCCAGGUAUUCUAGAACCAAGGCUUAAAAUUUCUCGUCCAGCUAAGGUUGCCCCGAUCGAAUUAUUGAUGUCAGUAAAUGAAGAUUCCUUUUUUUGCUUUGGCAAGGCCUGUUCAAGACCCAUGGUAGCCGAGGACCCUUCACUCAUGGAGUCCCUGUUGGUGAUUCAAGAAUGGGGUUCAGCUUUAACAGCCAUAUGGAAAUGCAUAUGGGUUCAUGGGAUUAAUGGAUUUUGUGCAUACGGAAGUCUCAGUAGUCUGCAAUAUUCAGCUCCUUGAGCUCCGAUUACAUAGAUAUCUAGCAACAUCAUUAUCUGACCACAUGGUAAAGAUUUGGAAUGUCGAUCAACGGCUUCAUUGCUUCAAGUUGGAAAUAAUUUUAGUCGGUCAUCAUUAUUGGGAUCUGGGACCGUGUUUCUCACUUCUCAGUAGACUGCUCAUUUGAUAAGUGCUUCCUAUGAUUGUACUGCAAGAUUGUGAACAAUUCCAAAGUGCCAGGACCAAGCCGGCUAAGACAGCCAGGAAGAGGAUGUCUGAAGGUUAUCCGACAAUAGGCGUGGGCGGUUCGGCAAGUGGCUGAUGGGCCAGCGUUUGUAAUCCUAGAUGAUUAGUUUGAUGCUUUGGGCUUUAGUAGCAUGGGCCGGUGUAAGUCGGUGGCUGGGCGAUCUGGUAUCGAAUAACUCAAUCCUGAACUCUGGACUCCUCAUUCUUCUGAACUAUCCUGUUGUUGUUCUUGCUUCCGCCACAAAUCCUCUGCUGUUUUCUACCCCAAACUCCAUUCCAAUCCACCAGAACGUGACACAAAAGUGUGAGAAUAAAUAAAUAGUGAUAGCAGGGCCUGAACAUGAUUUAGGGAAA